CUCACAAUACCUCUCACCACCUCAACGCGCCUCACCUCAAUCACCACCACCACCAUCGCCACUGCUAAGAUGUCAGACAUAACAGAGCUGAACCCAAUCCACGCGCCAUUCUUUGGCCUCGCGGGCGUGGCCGCCGCAAUGAUCUUCUCCUCGUUCGGGGCCGCGUACGGGACGGCCAAGGCCGGCAUCGCCAUCGCAGGAAUCGGCACGUUCGCACCCGAACUGAUCAUGAAGUCGCUGAUCUCCGUCAUCAUGUCGGGUAUCAUCGCAGUGUACGGACUCGUCAUUGCCGUUCUCAUCGCCGGAGACCUGGGGCCCAACAACAGCUACAGCUUGUUCUCGGGGGUGGUACACCUGGCUGCGGGGCUCAGCGUCGGACUGGCGGGCCUCGCCGCUGGAUACGCUAUUGGCGUGGUGGGGAAUGCGGGCAGUCGCGCGUUCCUGCUGCAGCCGAAGGUGUUCGUCGGCAUGGUCCUGAUCCUUAUUUUUGCUGAGGUGCUGGGUCUCUAUGGCCUGAUCGUCGGGUUGAUUUUGAAUACGAAGACUAGUGGGUAGACGCAUGGAGGGGGGAGAGAGGGGAGAGAGAGAGAGAGGUGUAUGCUGGAUGAUGGGAGCUGUUUCCUUGGUUUGGUUGCGCGUUGCUUUUUCUUUACUCUUGCUGCUAGAUGAGAUGGCGGAUGUGCACAACUUGACUGUAAUUGCUAUUGCAUAUGUUUCCUGCUUCUUGCUUCCGCUAUAUCUACUAUGAACGAAUACCCCCAUAUCCAACAUA